AUAUUUGGUAGCAAACGAAACGAAGCCUCGCCGACUCCGAGCCGACCGAUCUAGGGUAAAUACCAUUUCUGCUGCCGUCUGAGUCUGAGUGUGCCCCUUCGACUUUGUUCUUCUCGUAUCUUCUGGUGGUGGUUGGAUGGCGAUGGCAGCUCGGACGGCGCUCGCUUCGGCUUCCGCCAUCUCCCGAUCCUUCCGCGCCGCUCCGGCCCCAAAUCUCGUCCCCCGGCGUGGACUCGCCGGCGGCGGAGAUCAUCAUGGACCUCCAAGGGUUAAUAUUUGGGAAGACCCACUCAGUCCAUCUAGAUGGAAGGAAGAGCAUUUUGUUCUUGCCAGUUUAGCUGGUUGGGGUUUGCUUGGUUACGGAGGAUACAAGCUUUUUGGUGGAAAGAAGGAAAAGAAAGAAAAGAAGGAAGAGGGAGGAGCAGAACUGCCCCACUAGAUCAGUUCAACUGUCCUGACUGUCUUCCUUUCGUAAUGAUUGUUUAGAAAUAAAGCACUUAGAAGGUCAUGAUGGCAUCUUGAAAGGUGACCUUGUUUUAUGGUUUAUCGAGUUUUGGGCAGUCAGACUUCACAACAUGAUCUUUUUUUGUGAUUUAUAUGAGCAGUUUUGAACUCUGAACUCUUAUGUAUUUUCAAAUUUGUUUACGAAUUGAUAAAUUCACGAUAGGCUUUCCUAUGCUGUCACGCAGAAAUAAUAUGCUGGCUUUCUUUUAACAUUUUUAUUCUAUUA